GGCUGGAGCCGGGGAGGAGCCGGGAAGGGAGGCCCCGGCCCAGAGCGCAGCCAGCGGCCGCAGGGGCAGCAAGCAGGGCAGGGCGGUCGGGGCUCAUGGGCGAGAGCGCUCUGCAGCCGGGGCCUGGGCCCGCCGCGCCCGCGGGGGGCCCGGUGCACGCCGUGACGGUGGUGACGCUGCUGGAGAAGCUGGCCACCAUGCUGGAGGCCCUGCGGGAACGGCAGGGGGGCCUGGCCCGGAGGCAGGGCGGCCUGGCGGGCUCGGUGCGCCGCAUCCAGAGCGGCCUGGGCGCGCUGAGCCGCAGCCACGACACGACGAGCGACGCGCUGGCGCAGCUGCUGGCCAAGGCGGAGCGCGUGGGCUCGCACGCGGAUGCCGCCCAGGAGCGCGCCGUGCGCCGCGCCGCCCAGGUGCAGCGGCUGGAGGCCAACCACGGGCUGCUGGUGGCGCGCGGGAAGCUCCACGUUCUGCUCUUCAAGGACGAGGCUGAAAUCCCAGCCAGCGCCUUCCACAAGGGGCCCGAGCCCUUGGGCGCCGCGGACCGGCCGGAGCCCGCCCCAGAGCAGCCGGAGGCCGCGGCCGGGGAGAGCUCAGACGAGGAGCCGGUGGAGUCCCGGGCCCGGCGGCUGCGGCGCACCGGGUUGCAGAAGGUACAGAGCCUGCGAAGGGCCUUGUCCGGCCGCAAAGGCCCGGCCUCGCCGACACCCACGCCGGUCAAGCCGCCCCGCCUUGGGCCCGGCCGGAGCGCUGACGGGCCGCCCGCGGAAGCCGGGCCUGCGCUGGAGCCCAAGCCGGAGUCAGAACCGCCACAGGACAUCGAGGAAGAUCCUGGGAGACCUGGGGCUGCCGAAGAAGCCGCCGUGCUUCAAAUAGAGAGUGCGGCCUGAUGGCUGGUGCUGUCCGCCUCUCCUGUGCCUGUCUAUGCCUAAUCCCAAAAGAAAUCUCCCUCUCAGAAUGCAGCAUUCACGCCCAAAUAAGGAGUCAAUCCUGCAUCCACAGCCCAACUCUGGCCUGCCUUUCCCAGUUCCUUCAGGCCGGCCUGUGUCCUCUGAAAGAGGAGCACCACUCACACCUGCUUGCAGUCACCGUCAAUAAAAGUAAUGUCACCUAAUCCAGACUCCAUGUGAAGGGGGCGGGAGGAAAAGGCUCCCCGGGCAUAAGAUAAAUGUUGGAGCCUGCAGUGUGGCUCAAUUUUGAAAAGAUUAUUGCGUCAUUUCUCAGGUUCCCAAUGAAUCUUGGUCUCUGGUUAGUGGUACAUAGAAAUCACCUGUUGGCCUCUUGCUUCUUGAGUUCUAGUGGAGAAGCAUCCACUAUAGUCUCUUGCCGUAGGUGCUCAAUAAAUGUCAACAAGUGAUUUUCCUCUUAGUUGCUCUUUCCUCUUACACCUCUUAAAAGUUGGAUUUUCUUUUGUUCUCAGCCCUCUUCUCAUUCUGGAUAUUCUGUGAAAAUUUAUUCCAGGUAUUUACCACCAAUCACACACGCCCUAAAAUCACUGUACUGAGCUGCAGUUGAAAUGUACUUCAACUCAAUCUGUCCGAAGCAAGCAAUCUACCUUUUAAUUAAGUCCAAUUUCAAUUUUUCAGAUAUUUAUUGAGCACUUAACGGUAUAUCAUUAAAAAUUGCUCCUCCU